AUGCGCACGCAAUUAGUUGGAAGACUGGCAGUAGUUCUGAGCCUGUGCUUUAUUGCAACUUCAGCCAACCCCAGUGGCGUUUUGGACAAGGUGAAGAACUUAUUCCGCCAGGAUGCCAGCUCUGAGUCUUCAAGUAGUGCGGUGGACGACAGCGCGUGUGUAUAUCACUGGUCUUCACUGACUUGUAAGCCUGAGGCCUCAUGCUCCAUCCAAUACCAUUUUGGUGACGUCACGCCAUCAGACGCAUGCCGCGUGAGCUCUACAAGCGACUCGACCAGAAUUCCUCAGCAAUUCCACUUGGCAUUUGCUGGCAAAGUAGCUGGAACGGGCAUGACGAUUUCGUGGACAACGUUUGCAUUAGAAAAAAAACCGGCAGUGUGGAUUGGGACGAGUGAGAGCAAACUUACUAUAGUGAAGGAUGCGACGAUUGAAACCAAGUCAUACUACAAGGACGACCACUACGAACUCUACAGCUACCACGCAGUUGUGGGAGGUCUGAAACCCAACAAAGAGUACUUCUACAAGGUCGGUAGCGGCAGUGAAACCAAGUUUCAGAGUGCUGUGAGCUCGUUCACAACAGCUCGCAAAAGUGGCGACAAAAGUCCAUUCACGAUCGUUGUGUACGGUGAUAUGGGGGCCGAUGAUAACGCUGUUGAGACCAACAAGUACGUGAACACACUGGUGGGUAAGAUAGACUUCGUUUAUCACCUCGGGGAUGUCUCGUAUGCCGAUGACGCCUUCCUUUCAGCUAAAACCGCUUUUGGGUUUUUCUACGAACAAAUGUACAACAAAUUUAUGAAUUCCAUGACCAACAUCAUGCGGCGAAUGGCGUACAUGGUACUGGUCGGUAACCACGAGGCGGAGUGCCAUUCUCCGGCCUGCCUUCUCUCAAACGAAAAGCUGAAUCAACUCGGCAAUUACUCGGCAUUCAACGCACGCUUCAGAAUGCCAUCACCAGAGAGCGGAGGUGUGCAAAAUAUGUGGUAUUCCUACGAGUAUGCGUCCGUUCACUUCACCACAGUCUCGUCCGAGACAGAUUAUCCCAAUGCACCGAGCAACGCGUACCACACACACCGGGUAUACGGCCGUUUCGGCGAUCAAUUAACCUGGCUUGAGGCUGAUCUCAAGGCUGCGGACGCUAAUCGUGACCAGGUCCCGUGGAUUGUUGUCGGGAUGCAUCGACCGAUGUACACGAUUCGUUCAUGCGACGUAGAUGACAAACCUAACAACGAUUUUGAGGCAAUGAACGUGCAAAAGGCUUUCGAGGAACUGUUCAUCAAGUACAAAGUGGAUCUGGUUCUACAGGGUCAUGUCCAUGCGUAUGAGCGUCAAUACCCGACGGCGAAGGGUAGCGCCGUCAUGGACGGUGUUUCCAAAGACGAUGCGACGUAUACCAAUCCAAAGGCGCCGGUGUACAUGGUUUCUGGCUCGGCGGGAGGCCCCGAAGGUUUGUACAAAUAUAAACAUCCAAAGUCUCCGAAGUGGCAUGCCUUGAUGGACAACCAGCACUACGCCAUCACCAUGAUGUCAGUUACCCCGACGAAUAUCACACUCACAACGGUUGAGAGUGUCACCGGAACUGUGUGCGAUAAGUUUUCGAUCAUCAAAGAACGAGGGGAUGCUUCUCAAGACGAAUGA